AUGACUGGACAGUUUGUGCUGGAGAACCAGGUCAAGCAGGUCCAGACAGCCAUGGACCCCCAGCUUCCAGAAGACCACUACUCUGUGUCCAGACCCAUCUACUCCAACCCCACCGUCCAAUAGGACCACCAGGGACAAUCCCGGGAGGACAAGACCCUGAGAGAGAGGCUGAAGAGCAACUGUGGAAACUGCUCAGAUAGGCAAGUCCUGAAGGUGGUGAAAGAAAUCUUUCCUGUCUCGGACUGGCUGCCGAAAUAUCCAAUCAGAGAGUAGCUUUCCAGUGAUGUCAUCUCUGGUGUGAGCACUGGUCUGGUGUGCAGCUUGCAAGGUCUGGCGUAUGCCAUGUUAGUGACUGUGGCCCCAGUGUAUGGACUCUACUCUGCUUUCUUCCCCAUCCUCACCUACUUCCUGCUGGGCACGUCCAGGCACAUCUAUGUGGGUAGGCACCCCCUUCCCUGUCUGAUGGUGGGAUCGGUAGUGUUGACCCUUGCCCCCGAUGACCACUUCCUGCUUCCUGUGAAUAGCACCAGUGUGAAUGGAACAAGGGCUGAUGGGAUAGGGGUAGACCUGGAGGCCAUGGAGGCUUACAGGAUCAUGGUGGCCUCCACCAUGACUGUGCUGGUUGGCCUGUUCCAGGUGGUGAUGGGAUUGCUCCAGAUGGGCUUCCAGGUGCGGUACCCGUCAGACCCGCUAGUGGGAGGGUUCACCACGGUGGCCGCCUUCCACGUUCUCGUCUCCCAGGUGAAGAUCGUCCUGUCCAUGCCCACCCACAACCACAGCGGCCUCUUCUCUGUGGUGUGUACGCUCAUAGAUGUGUUUACCAACAUCAGACAGAGCAACUUAGCUGACCUGGCCGCCGGAUUGAUUACUAUUUUCGUAGUGAUGAUUGUAAAGGAGGUCAACACCCAAUUCCAGCAGAAGAUUCCCGUCCCCAUUCCUAUUGAAGUGAUUGUGACCAUGGUUGCCGCGGGGAUCUCCUACGCCACCAAACUGGAGUCCCGCUACGGCGCCAGCAUUGUGCACAGCAUCCCCAGGGGGUUCGCUCCAGCUCAACUCCCAAACACUGAGCUGUUUUGGGAUCUAGGGUGCAGCUUCUCCACAGCUGUGGUGGGUUAUGCAAUGGCUGUCUCUGUUGCAAAGGUCUAUGCUGUAAAACAUGACUACAACAUUGACGGCAAUCAGGAGCUGAUAGCGUUCGGGGUCAGUAAUGUGUUCUGUGGCUGCUUCUCCAGCUUUGUAGCCAGCACGGCCCUGUCUCGCAUUGCAGUGCAGGAGAGCACAGGAGGGAAGAGCCAGAUUUUAUCACAAGUGGGACAUGUGUAUGUAAUAGUGGUGGUACUGCAACCUUGGUUGCGUUUUGUUUUAUGCCUUCUUUCCUGCCUGUCCUGUCUCCUGGCUGUCCCGUCCUCCUCCAGUGCUUUCGUCCCGGCUACCUGCUUGGCGUCUGUGGUGCUGGGGCUGGACCUGGGGCUGCUGGCUGGCCUAGUGUUUGAGAUGGGCACUGUGGUGGUCAGGACCCAGUUUCCAGCGUGCUCCACACUUGGAAACAUACCUGGCACAGACAUAUACAGGAACAUGAAAGACUACAAGAAUAUUGCAGAAAUUCCUGGAAUUAAGAUUUUCAAGUGCAACUCCCCCAUUUACUUUGCUAAUAUUGACUACUGGAAAGAGAGCCUGAGGGCCACAGUGAGUGAUGUGAUGUCACACUUUCCCAUUUAAUCAGGACACUUUAGAAAAGCUGUGACAACAGGUCAGGUGGUCCCUGAGGUUUCCAUGGGAGUGGACAACAAGGGUUUUGAGCAUGAGCACGACAGUGGGCGGGACUCUGGACAGGUGGAGAAGGAAGAGUGGCCCACUAAAGAUGUGGAGGUGCCGGUCCAUAUUCACAGUCUGGUCCUGGACUUUUCAGCUGUGACCUUCCUGGAUGUUGUGGCUGCAAAGUGUCUGAAACUGGUCAUGAAAGAAUUCCUCCGUGUUGGAGUAAGUGUCUUCAUUGCCGGCUGUGAUGGUACUAUUGUCAGGAAAAUGGAGGCCCUGGGCUUCUUCAACAUAGCUGUGACCAGAGACGUCCUCUUCCUCACUGUUCACGAUGCCAAACUCGUGAUCAAACUCAUCAAACUCGAGGCAGACCAUGGGAACGCCCCAGAUGCAGUUGUUGAGAAGCUGUCUCUCAAUCAAGAUACCAAGGGUCCACUCCCUUUGACAGAGACAGAGAACCUGAUUGAGACCUACGACAACCAACACAGGGGAAAUUGA